AUGAACAAGUUCUUGGCCACCACCGUCAUCAUGGACGCGACGUGGGACGGAGAGCUGGCCACGAAGAUGGUAAGGACGCCCAAGGACCACGGCAUGCUUUACGAAGAAGUGCGCCUGAAGGCGCUGGACGGAUGCCAGAUUGCUGCGUGGUACAUCCCCAGCAAGGAGGGCUCCGUCUCGAAGAAGUUGGCGAUCGUCGGCCAUCAGAGUUGGGCCAAAGCGAACAAGUCCGGCUGCGUCUUCCACUACCGCCACGGCAUGGUGCCCGUCGAGGCGAUCGACUACGUGAAGCUCCAUCGGGUCCUCUACGAUGCCGGCUAUCAUGUCAUCGCCUACGACCUAAGAAACCAUGGAGACUCCGAGCGGAGGCUGCCAGCGGGAUGGGGUGAGAUCGAGUUCAUGGAUGCAGCGGGCGUCAUGGAUUGGGUAAAUGCCCACCCGACGCUGAAGGACUGCAAGGUAGCUUUAUUGCCCUUCUGCGUGUCGGGCGUAGCUUUCCUCAAAGCCAAUUCCGUGUGCCCAGAGAAGUUCAAGAACGUCGCAGCUUGGGCGACGACGAACAUCUUCCACGCGCCCAUCAUGUUCGCCGACCGGCCCUUCUUCUUCGGACUGGGGAACGAGGAGCUACUCAACGAGGCUUUGCAGGAGAACCAGGCAAAGUACGAGAAGGAGGGCAAGAUCCAGGCCAAAGACAUCAGCAUCACACUCGAAAGAAUGUCUGCGAAGACGUAUGCAAAAGAUGUCAAGGUGCCUGUGCUCUACUGCGACACGCUUCAUGAUCUGCAGGACUAUCACGAGCGCGGUGCACCGGAGAUCUUCGCAGAGUUUGGAAAGGACUUGGAUGAAGCUUCCCGCAAGCGCAAUGAGCUCCAUUUCCUGGGACCCCAUCAAGACCCCCCCUUCAAGACACAAGGUCGAAAUCGGAGCGAGGGCUACAACUUCUAUCAGUCGGCGGAGGGCAGCAAAGUCCUCUUGAGCUUCCUGGGCAAGUACAUUCCAUGA